AUGCUGGUCGCAAUGUUGGCACAUUGGGCUGUAGUUGGGUCUCCCAUAUAUCCUAGCAUGGAACCCGGACAGACGAUCGCAUACAUUUCGGACGUGGGAGCGCAAGAGUUGAAGCCCCUUUUCAUCGGCGGCAGCGUGGUCACGGUGGUGUUUUUGGAUCUUUCGUUUGUCGCGGAGCGAUGGUUGCGUCAUGCCGGCCAACUGGUCCCGAACAAGGGUAAAAUCGACAAAGCCUGCGCCAUUGGGUCUAUCUUCUUCUCUGUCGUCGGAGCUCUGGGGUUGAUUCUUCUGUCAUGCUUUGACACGCUUCGCCAUCCGCACAAGCACGUUGGGUUUUUGGGGAUGUUCCUUGCGGGCUACCUCGUCAGCGCCAUUCUUAUCUGCGCCGAAUAUCUCCGUCUCGGGAUCUUCUACCGCUCGCAUCAUCGAGUACUAAUUGCCAGCUUUGUCAUCAAGGCAUCCUUCGUGGUCGUUGAGGUCGCUCUCGCCAUCGCUUUUGGCGUCCUCGGACGGCACUAUGGCUCUAAGAGAAAUGCGGCGGCCGUGCUGGAAUGGGUCAUUGCCCUGAUCUUCACCUUCUACGUCCUCUCCUUUGUGAUCGAUUUGCUGCCAUCGGUACGCACCCGCCGUCACGUUCCACAGGGCGAAAAACGCAUCAACAUGGCGUCUUCGGAGCCGCCGUCCGAACUCACUCACGAACAGCCCCUGACGAUGGACUCGGCCGGUCCAAACGCCAAUAAUGUCAAUUACUACCGGGGCCAACGCAUGUAA